UCGAUGUAUCAGUAAUCGAUUGUAUAAUAUCGAUUGUGUAGUUGCUAAGAAUUUAUAACUAACUAGCCUAUCCGGGAGCAGCAGUGGCGUUCCUACUUUCUAUUAUCAAAACAUCGUUUACUAGUUGCCCUUUUUUCUAAAUCCUUUUGUUAUAUGUGUUACACGUGUAUUCUCGUUGCACGUUAUUUUCUUCGUUGGUGUUUUGUUAUUAAUAUUUUUUACUACACGAGGCGUUUUAAAUAUUAAACUUUUGUUAAUCCAUAGAAAUAUGAAGAUCGACGUUAACCUAGAUCAUGGACUCAUUGUAUGGGCCAAACUGUCCAAGAAAACCGAAUCCUGGGCUGGCUUAAUUAUUUCUGUCAAGCUUAUGGGUUUUCUUUUUGAAGAAAAACCAAAUAAAACUUGGGUUUGGUGGCUACAUCAUAAUACUUUUUCAUUGGUGAAAAAUGAUUUGAUAUAUAAUUUUUUUUUGGAUUUCGAAUUUCAUUCAAAGAAUUCAUCAGGCCAAAGAAAAAAUGGUAUUUUGGAAGCUCUUGAGAUAUUAUCUGUCAGAUAUGAUUUUAAUAUACCUGAAAACAUUAUGAACUCUGACUCUCUUAUUCCAUGGGCUUCUAAAAAUAUAGAAACUCUUACUAAAAAUAAAAUGGGAAAAAGUAAAAGAAAUGAGCCAUAUACCAUACCAAAUCAUAUUAUUCAAAAAAUGGUACAUAUAAACCUUAAAAAUGUUCACUCUGCAAUUAAUUAUAACAUAGAGGAUAAUUUGAAAUUGGAAAAAGGUCAUAAAAGAAAUAAGAAUUAUUUUUCUAAUGCAAAAAAAAAAUGUCAAUAUUGCAUAGCAUGCAGAGUUAUUAAUGUUUCAAUUAAAAAUAAACAUCCAUUAUUUCAAGGAUUCAUUUGUAAUGGAUGUAAUAAAGCUGCAAAACAAUUCCUAAUGCCGAUUGCAAAAGACUUAGCAAAUGUUCGCUGUUCCAUUUGUUUUUCAUUAGAAGCAACUGAUAUAAUAUUAUGUGACUUUUGUGUAAGAGUUUUUUGCAAUAAUUGUGUGUCGGUUUUUUGUGGUCAACAAUCUUUUAAUAAAAUAAAAAGAGAUCAGAAUUGGGCAUGUUUUGUUUGUAAAAAGAAUUCAUCAAGUUCACUGUCCUGUGGAUUACUGAGCCACUCAAUUGAAAAACAAAUACAAAAUAUUUAUAAUUUAUAUCCAGCAGAAAAUUCAACAAGUGGUAUGAUUAAAAACAAAAUAAAAUGCCAACAAUUACAAAUAUUAGCAUUGCAAGAUGAUCAAAAUAUUGUAUCAACAAUUUUAGAAGAACUAAAAUUUCCAUUCAGACUUGUUGGAAGUAAUUAUAUGGAUGAUAUUAUAUUUGAUCCUAAGGUUCAACAUAUCAAACUACUCAUCCAAUAUUAUCCUAACUGUGAAGAUUAUAAUGAAAACAAAUUUGAUUCUUAUGGUGCAUUAGAAGAGUUUUUUUCCUUUUUGUAUCUCAAAAACGGUUUAAAAAACAUAAAGAAUACAAAUGAUGAAUCUUUAUAUUGGGCAUUUGAAUCGAGCGCUUCUAUUACAAACCAUGAAUCAAAUACAAUAUCUAGGUUUUUAGGCAAACAACCAAUUCUCAUAAGCAUGAAUACGAAAAAUGUUCGACAAAGAGCAAGAUUUAUUUGGUCUAACAUUACCAUACUAAACAAAAAUAUUGAGCAAUUUAUAAAUCAAGAUAUUUUUCAUCAUGAUAUUUCUGAAAAAAAUUCCACCAAUAAAAAAGAUCAAAGUUUGCCUUGGUGUUAUAAUUCAGUUUAUUCUAUCUUAAACAGUUUAAUACAAAACAAUAUUUUAUAUGCCUGAUUUUUAAUUCCCGACAAAGUAGUCAUUCUAUUAAUUAGUAGGUAAUAAUUAUUUAUAAAUAAGUUAUAAUG